AGAUGAUUACCGAAUUCAAGUAUACAUGUUAUAGACGCUAAACAGUGUUGCAGUAAUAGUUUAGAUUGUAAAGACUAUACUUAUUUAGUUAUUGUUACUUUACUUUAAUUUGGUUUAUAUUUUCUUAUAAAUAUAUAAUAAUUGCUUAAAAGUCACAUAAUCAUGGUGCUUGGACCAUUAGAUCACUCUGUUCAAACAGAUAUUAUAUUUGUCAUAGAGAAAACAGCCAUGAAUGCUUAUAUUAGUGAAUUAAAAACAAACUAUGUAAUUCCUACAUUAGAGUAUUUCAAUCAGGGUCCAAUUGAAGAACGAGAAUAUUUAUCUGAAAGUGGCAGUGCUAUUUAUGGUAUUGUUCUUUAUGAAGCAAAUGACUGUAAACCAUAUCCUUGUUGUCGUACUUAUGGGACAUUUACAAGUCCUCAAAAAGUCAUUAAAAUGGUAGAAAAAAUUGAUAUGAUUGGAGGUAUGGCGGAGUCUCAUGCAUAUAUGGGAGAAGGUCUUGCAACUGCAUUAGUAUACUUUGAAGACUUGCAAGAAAUUCGGGACACUAAACAAAGACAUUGUAUUCUUAUAUGUAAUUCACCGCCGUAUAACUUUCCAAUAAUGGAGUGUGAGACGUAUGCAGGACAUAGUGUUGAUCAAAUAGCAAACUUGUUUCAAGAAAAAGGGAUUCUUCUGUCAAUAUUGUCAGCACGAAAAACUCCAGCUUUAUUAAAACUAUUUGAAAAAGCAGGUGGAGAUUUACAGAUAUCUCAGAAUAAAAAUUACGCAAAAGAUCCAAGGCACUUAGUUUUAUUAAGUGGAUACAGUUUAAAAGAGCGUCAGAUGAGUCCUUGUCCGCCUACAACUCAUUCAGGAUUAUCUAUGACUAGUCCGUUAUCUAGUAGUGUUAAUAUUGGAUCACCAGUUGCUCCUUGUACAGUUCCAUUUAGAACUAAUAAUCCGGUGUUAGCUAUGCAAAAUCAAGUUCAGCAGCAGCAGCAGCAGCAACAACAACAACAGCAGCAGCAGCAGCAGCAACAACAGCAGCAACAACAACAGCAGCAACAACAACAACAGCAGCAACAACAACAGGCUGUGCAAGCUGCUCAACAAGCAGUAGCUGUUGCUCAGCAACAACAGCAGCAACAGCAACAACAACAGCAACAAUUACAACAACAACAAUUAUUAAGAAAUGUUACACCAAACCAGCAGUAUCCAAAUAUUCCAAAUGCAGGUGGAUUUUUAAGACCAUCUCAAGCACCACGUAAUUGGCAAAUGCUACAGUCACAACAACGUCAACCAAAUCAAAGUGCUUUAAUAGCACAAUUGUCAACCCCAACAUUUCAACAAAGAUUGGAUAUGGCUUCUCAACAGCAGCAACAAGUGCAGCAACAUCAAGCUCAACAGCAUCAACAAGUUUUGUUAAAACAGCAGCAACAACAACAACAACAACAACAACAACAACAACAACAGCAGCAGCAACAACAACAACAACAACAACAGCAGCAGCAGCAACAACAACAACAACAAGUCCAACAGCAGCAACAACAACAAGUCCAACAGCAGCAACAAGCUCAACAACAACAACAGCAAAGAGCAUUACAAAUGUUUAAUCAGCAACAACAACAAGUUCAACAACAACAACAAAAUGGACCUGGAAGACAAACUAUUUGGACAGGAACACUGGAGUGGAUAGAAAAAUCUAAAAGUAUUAGUGAUUCACAAAAAAUUACAAGAAGCGUUCCUUGUACAGUCUCAGCAAAUUUAAAAAACGGAGAACCAGAACUAAAAGCAGAAACGUGGCCUGAAAAACUAAUUAUGCAAUUAAUGCCCAAACAUUUAAUUGGAAGUAUUGGAGGAGCGCAUUUGAAGGAUUCAAAAUCUGUAGUUUUCCAGCCUACACCAUGUGACUCACUAGAGUCUUUAACAAAAUUUAUGAGCAAUGGAUAUGCUGGCUGUGUUCAUUUUAAUAGUGCUCCUACAUCUCAUAAUUGUGACAUCAAAGUCUUAAUACUUCUUUACACAGCUGAUAGAAGAGCUUAUUUGGGAUUUAUUCCUAAUGAUCAAGCAGCAUUUGUCGAUAGACUUCGUAAGCUUAUACAACAUCAAAAAGCAUCCACGGCCUUGUCACGUCAAGGACAAGGUGGUAUGUCUAACCAAAUGCAGUUAUCACCAGGAACCAAUAUGUCAAAUGUUCAGGUGGUACCCAAUCAAAUGCCUGGCCUCAUGCCAAACAGCACACUGGCUGCUUCCCUACAAAAUCAACCUCAACCCAACUUAGCUGAUUUAAUGGGAUCAUCAAAUUUUGUACCACAAAGCCCUCAAGUACCCAACAACUCUCCUGGAGUCCAAAUGAUGUCUGGUGGAACUCAAGGAGUUGCUCAAACUGGAAGUAAUCCGAACAUGCCCUUACAAACUCCUGGUGGUCCUGUGGGAGGUGUUGGAGUUCGACCAUCCCAAGCGCAAUACAACGAUCACAAAAUAGAAUUAGCUAGAAAACAAAACCUCGCUAAAAUACAACAACUUCGGGAGACUUUGGAAGCAGCUCAAGCUCAAGAGUUACAAUACAAAUCUCAAAUGGAGAUACAAAAUUAUCAAAUGAAUAUUCCACAAAUGCAACAGCGCUUGGAACAAGCUCAAAUGCAAGAAAAUAUUUUGAAGUCCCAGCUUGAAACACGAAAUCAAAUGAAUGUUCCUCAAAUGCAACAAAACCUUGAACAUGCGCAAAUGCAAGAAACUAUGUUGAAAGCUCAGCUUGAGCAUCAACAAGAAGAACAAAAUAAAUUAAGAACCCAACAAUUCCACAUUCAACAACAGCAGCAGCAGCAGCAACACCAACAGAGACAAAUGAUUCCAGGCUCUCAACCUGCAAAUCAGCAAAUCAUGGGUAAUAAUCCGGCUCAACAAAGAAUGCAAAUGCGACCAGUCAUGUCUAGUAAUCCCGGUCUUAGACAUUUGCUGCAACAACAACCUCAAUACCGACAACAAAUGAUGGGCAUGCAACAAGGGACUGGCGUUCAGAAUAGAGGACCAAUUCAACAACAGCAGCAGCAACAACAACAACAGCAACAACAAUUUGAUGAAGUGUCUUCCUUUGAUUUUCUCAAUUAAUAAACAAAUUAGUUAUAGAUAAAAUUAUUUUUACUUAAAUACAUGUUGUGUAAUCUUAUACUAAAUUAUUAUGUUUAAAUUGUGUGACAUUUUUAGACAGAUAUUUUUACAGUUACGUAACCAGAUAAUUUAAUAUUAUCGUAUUAGUCGAGAUAUUUUUGAGUCAACCAGGCAUCACCAACGAAGAUUAAAAUAUAAGCCUUGAUUUUCAAUUAAAUGAAUAGUAUUACGUAAAACAAUUUUUUUAUGGAACUUGAUGUAUCUUGUGUUUUUAAG